GAUGUUUCACACUGGCUGUCUGGUCACCCUAGUGCUGGUAACAUGAGACCAGACAUGCUGCAGGGAGCGGGGUUGAUCGCUAGGACCCGGGAGCGGCUGGGGGGAGGCUCUGGGGGGAGCGAUCGCGGAGCUCAGGCCCGGCCGCGGGAAGUGACUCGCAGCCGCUGCGGCGACUCUGGCUCCCGGCGAGAUCCCCGAGUCCCGGCGGCUGGUGCUGGGAGCCCGGAGCCCUGGCUGCAGCCGGGAGAGGAGAAUCUCCAGCCGGGCCCUUCCCGCGGCUCCCCGGGAGCCUCCCCCAGGGCAGAGCCCCCAGCCCGGCCAGGGCCCCCUUCCCGGCCCGGCCCCUGCCCCGGGGGGCCCCGCUCGGAGGGAAGGCUGAGGAAUCACAUCCACGUUUUGCUCAAGAUCGUCCCGUCUUCCAGGAGACAGGGAAGGGAAAUGUCUGUGAUGGAGCCAGCUCAGAUGCUGGUGACCUUCGAGGAGGUGGCUGUGUAUUUCACCCAGGGGCAGGGGACUCUGCUGGACCCCGCUCAGAGAGCCCUCUACAGGGACGUCAUGCAGGAGAACUACGAGACGGUGACCUUGCUGGGAUUCUCCAUUCCCAAACCUGAGCUGAUCUCCCAUCUGGAACGAGGGGAGGAGCCGUGGGUCCCGGAUCUCCAGGCCUCCGAGGAAAGAGAGAGCCUCGGAGGUGCCCGCACAGGUGAUGAGAGAGUGAGUGAAAACAAGGAGGAGAAUGAUCAUGAGGAAGUUCCCGUGGAAGUGGAACCACAGGGGACCUCUGUGCGAAGAGUUGAAGGGAAUUUUUCCCAGUGCUGGCAACAGGCAGAAGCCUGGGGAAAUUGGCACAGGUCAGAGAGGCUGCAGGGAAACCACCCAAGGAAGAAAGUGGAUGAAUCUAUUAAAUGUGGGGGAGGAGACAAGGAUCCCAUAACCCAGCAGACAAAUUCCAAGGAAGACAAACACUAUGAAUGCCUCAGUUAUGGGGAAGGAUUCAUUCUGAGAUCACAUCAGACAAUCCAUACUGGACAGAAACCACUUCAGUGCUUGGACUGUGGGGAAAGCUUCAAUAAUCGCUCAGCCCUGAAUAACCAUGGGAGAAGCCACAGAAGAGAGAAACCCUCUCAAUGCCUAGAGUGUGGAAAAUGUUUCAUUUGGAAGUCAGAACUAAUUAGACAUCAGCUAAGCCACACAGGAGAAAGACCCCAUAAGUGCUCAGACUGUGGGAAAAGUUUCAAUUGGAAAUCAGUCCUUGUUAAUCAUCAGGCAAUCCACACAGGAGAGAGACCCCAUAAAUGCUUGGAUUGUGGGAAAAGUUUCAGUCGGAGGUCAGUCCUUGUUAAUCAUCAGAGAAUCCACACAGGGGAGAGACCCCACAAAUGCGUGGACUGUGGGAUAAGUUUCACAUGGAGGUCAGACCUUAUUAAUCAUGAGAGAAUCCACACAGGAGAGAGACCCCACAAGUGUUUAGAUUGUGGGAAAAGUUUCACACGGAGGUCAGUCCUUGUUAAACAUCAGGCAACCCACACAGGAGAGAGACCCCAUAAAUGUUUAGACUGUGGGAAAAGUUUCACACGGAUGUCAGACCUUGUUAGACAUCAGUCAAUCCACACAGGAGAGAGACCCCACAAGUGCUUGGACCAUGGGGAAAUUUCACACAGAGAUCACACCUCAUUAAACAUGAGAGAAUCCACACAGGAUCUAAACUUCUCUGACACAGGGACAGAAGGUGUUAAGGAAAUUGCAUGUAAUUGACCUAGAGUCAACCUUUAGAGACAUGCUGGAAAAGUGUGUCCUCGUUAGAUAAACUAGAAAUUCAAAAGGUAAACGUGUAUUGUUAAAGACAUGGAAGAAGAUAGUAACUGAAAUAGUCUUUGUUUAGCUAUAUCUUAGCAAUGGAAAUAAACGGUUCCUGUCUAGGGCUGUAUUCUGUGAAUUCAGAGAUCAAAAGGGAAUAUUAACAUUUAGAUAAAACUUGGUUGUAAUAAUGUCAUUGUUUGUCUCCUGAAAGUUUGCGUAAACUGUCUAUGAACUGCUUUAUGGAGAAUCACCUGAUGUUAAUCCUUGUAAUUAAUUACCAGUGAUCUUUAGGAAAUAGAAGGUUACUUCAAAAGCCAAGGACUGUGUGCUGUCGUGACACUGCAAAGAUGAUCCUUUCUUCUCUGAUCUGCCUGACCUGUAUACGGGGGGGAGUGUGAGUCGGAAGACGGAGAUCUCCAGUCCUAUCUGGACUGCCAUGACAUUGAAAUUGGACAUUGGACUAGAACUUGAUGAAAUGAUUCUGUAAAGGACUCUUUGCAUUUCUAAAGCAUCAUCUCUACAAUGAAACUGAGCUAAGGACUCUAUGCAUGUCUCUAUGUAUAAUGAUCUUUUCACCAGCACACUCUCUCUUUUCUUUUUUUAAUAAAUCUUAGUUGAGUCAAUAA